AUGGGCAAAUCUUUGAGAGCCAGUCGUAUCAAGUCGAACAAGUCCAAACUUGCGGCUACUGUUUUCGGCCCUGUGGAGGAUGCGCGCACAGCUAGACUUUCGGCGAAACUCCUUGCGCUCGCGAACUCUGGAAAAGAACCUAUUCGUGGGCCUGGAGAUAUGGAAGUUGAGGUCGAAACAAAAGAGCCAGAGAAGCCCGACGAACCUGCGCAAAAAGAAGGUGCCAUGGAAGUCGAUGGCGAAAAACCCACAGAGCCAUCAAAGAAAAAGAUCAACGCGAGCAGAAUUCGCCGACGUGGACGUCAAUCGAGACAUGCUGUUGUAUUCCCAGGCGUCCAGAAAGGAGGCAAAGGUGGGAUCAGGUCAGGCGUUGGCCGAAGAUCCAAGAGGACUUAG